AUGGAUGACAGAGAAUUUCCACCAAAUGAUCUACAAAUAGACUCAAAGGACAAUAUUCCGAUGGAAAGUUUGGCAUCUCUCUUGGUUUCUUCAGCUGAUGAAAAUGAAAAUCAGCUUGACAAUGAUGGGAAUGAGGUUCUGACCAGUAGCAGCCUUGCUAUGGGACGACAGGAUAAAGGUGAGCAGGACAGCAUCAAUAAUAAUGAGAACAUGGACAGUGGAGACUGUACCCCGAGCUGUAAGGAAAGUGAGACUGAGAGGAGACCUGUAAGUGUCCAUAUGGGCUCCCAGCUGGAGGAGAAGCCUACUACAGAAAAACAGACGGGUGGAAAAAGAAGUCCAAGAAGCAAAAGAAGCUCCAGUAAAAAAACUAAAGGAGUUCCUACAGUGGGAACCAGAGCAAUCAAGGAAGACAAUACUCUUGUUACAGAUACAGAUUCUAUGCAUGCUGAAGGUGCUGUUGAAGCAAAUGAAAACUUUCACCAAAAAGAACAAAAAGAAACAUUGCAGUCCCUUUUCUCUUUGCUCCGUGAAGAGGUUGAACAGAUGGAUUCAAAGAUACUACCCCUGUGUCUCCAUCAGAUAGCCGAGACCUAUUUUCAAGAGGAGGAAUAUGAGAAAGCAAUGAAGUUCAUUCAGCUGGAACGACUGUAUCAUGAGCAGCUGCUUGCAAAUCUUUCUUCCAUACAGGAGCAGUGGGAAAGAAAAUGGAAAACAGCAGUUCCUAGUCCGGUUACAACACUGAGGAAUUCCACUAAAGAGCUGAGUGGUGAGGAGCUGGAAAAGCUUACUAGAGUUUGCUCUUCACAUCAACAGCCACAGGCAUGCAAAAAUAAGCUAGUAGCUGCAGAAAAUACAUGGCAAAGCGGUUAUUUGCUUCAGGUAAUGGAAUCAAAAAAUUUCAAGGAAAGAGAAGCUGCUGCUUUUAAAUCAGGUACUGAAACUUGUCCUGGCGCUGGACCAAAGGCAGAAGAUAAACAGCUGAGCAGUAGUUCUCCCAGGGAAAACAAAACGGAGAGACAGACGGAGGCAGCGAGCCUUCGGGUAGCUGCAGGAAAGGACCACAUGGAGGAGCAGCACUGCAGUGCUGAAACAACAUUGGAGCCACACACCCAGUCCACGGGGACAGUGGGCAGGCCUUCUUUGGGCCGCUUAUCAUCUGGGGAUGCCGGCAGAGAUAACAGUUUGCAGCUGAGAGAAGGGCAGCUCUCUAAGGAUGCAGGAAAAAUAGAAAGCACAACUGGGGAGCCUGGAGUGAAACUCCCUCUGGAGCCAAUGGUAGAUGCUUUGGGUUUAACAGAUGCUGAUUAUAUGCCUACUGAUAAAGAUAUACAAGCUGAUAGAAAUCUGCUCAGAUCAAAACCUGGUGCUGGCUCUUCAGAAACUGCUAGUGGGCAGCUUGGAAAUAGUGAUUUAAAGCAGCAACAGGAACAGCCUGAUGAUGAUGAAAAAUCUUCACAGGACAGAACUGCAUCAGAUGUAUGCUCUGGAUAUAAUAAAGCAUCUGAGAAUGAGAGUCCUGCCCACUCACAAGUAUGCAAGGAAGUACAGAGAACAGCAGGACAGGAGGAGAAAGUAAAUAACGAAGAACAAGAAGAUCUAUUUCUCAGAUUUCUAAAGGGUAACAUAAUAGACACUGAGGAAUCAUUUGCAAACUUAGCAAACCAAGAGGACUUUGACACAGUUCCAGAUAUUUCACCUGAACGAGCAUCUUGCAACUCACUGGAAGCUUUAUCACUAGAUGACAGCUUUUCUUCUCUUGAUGAACUUGCAAGAAGGAUAGAGAUUGCUGAGACUGCCCCAGCGGAAGGAUUGGUGUCUAUACUAAAGAAGAGAGAUGACAGGGAAGGAAAAACAAUUGCUCAAGUCCAGCAAAGGCCAACAAAAAGAAGAGUGCGAUUCCAAGAAAUGGAAGACACGCUGGAUCAAGAUGAAGUAGCUGGUGGCUCCUGUGUUUUGCUGAUCCUGCUGUGCAUAGCAACUGUUUUCCUUAGCAUUGGAGGAACAGCAUUGUACUGCACCUUUGGUGACAUGGAAUCCCCUGUGUGUACUGAGUUUGCAGCCAACAUGGAUUUCUAUUAUACCCAGAUAUUGCGGCGUAUGGAAGAGCUUAAACACUGGAUUGCCUUCUCAUAG